AUCACAUGACGAGGUCCUUUCUGCUUUUCAUGCGGCAGACUUCCGACAAACUAGUGUUGUGAGUUCGCUGCUGCGCAGAUUUCUCGGAACUUAAGAAAGUCAUAAUAUCAUAGGUUUUUAUGGCAGGGAGUUCAAAAAUUUUCGAUCCUGAGCUGGUCAUCUCUCACAAAUUCCCUGAGACAACAUUCACCUAUAGUGAAAGAGAUGUAGCACUCUAUGCUCUUGGCAUUGGUGCAUGUGUAGGGGAUGCCUUGGAUGAGAAAGAGCUGAAAUAUGUUUACCAUGAAAACGGGCAGCCAUUCAUCCAGGUCUUGCCUACUUUUGCUGUUCUAUUUACUUAUGGAGCUGUAAAUAUCCAAGAGCUUACAGGGCUACAAUUUGAUCCACGUCUUCUGCUGCAUGGCCAACAAUACAUAGAAAUCUACAAGCCAUUACCUACAAGUGGCUGUAUACAAAAUAAAGUAGCAGUUGCUGGAUUGCAUGACAAAGGUAAAGCAACCGUUGUUGAGAUUGACACAGUAAGUUAUGAGAAAGAGUCUGGUGAACCACUUUGCAUGAACCGGACAACGAUCUACUUGCGGGGUGCUGGUGGCUUCUCAAAUCCAUCAGCUCCAUAUUCAUGCUCAAAGUAUCCUGCCAACCAGAUUUCACCUCUUAAAAUUCCGAAGAGUCAACCUGUUGCUGUAUAUGAGGAGUGUACCCAAGAAUCUCAGGCAUUACUAUACAGACUAUCGGGUGACUAUAAUCCUUUGCAUUCAGAUCCUAAGAUUGCCGAAAUUGCUGGGUUUUCUCGUCCAAUAUUGCAUGGGUUGUGCACCCUCGGGUUUGCAGUUAGGGCAAUUACUAAAUGUAUUUGCAAUGGAGAAACAACCAAAGUGAAAAGCAUAAUGGGCCGUUUUCUUUUACAUGUCUACCCCGGCGAGACCUUGAUCACGGAAAUGUGGCUUGAUGGAACAAGGGUUUUAUAUCAGACAAAGGUAAAAGAGAGAAAGAAGACAGUUCUGUCUGGGUAUGUGGUUCUCCACCAUUUAACUUCAGCACUGUGAGUUCUACUUUUCAAAACUACAUCAGAACUCCUGAUUCAAGAGUUGCACAUUUUGAGCCUUUUUCUAUUAUUAGUUAUAAGGACACCAACAGGUGAGUUGGUGCUUCACAUUGUCUCAAGUUGUUUGACAUGGCUACU